AUGGCUGUCCUUGGCAUCACCGCCACCCUGCUGGGGUGGGUGGCCAUCCUCCUGCUCGUGUCCAUCUGGAAGCAGGUCCACAGCAGCUGGAACCUGCCCCCAGGGCCUUUCCCACUUCCCAUAAUUGGGAAUCUUUUCCAGUUGGAGUUGAGUAACAUUCCCAAGUCCUUCACCAGGCUGGCAGAGCGCUUUGGGCCGGUGUUCACACUGUACCUGGGCUGGCGGCGCGUUGUGGUCGUGCACGGCUACAAAGCUGUGAGGGAAGUGCUGCUGGACUACAAGAACGAGUUCUCCGGCCGAGGCGAGCUUGCCGUAUUCCAGGAGCACAAGGACAGGGGUGAGUCCAAUUCCCAGGCACGUUGGAGCACGACAACCACCAGGACGGUGAUGGGUGCGAGCCGCCGAGCACUGGCCACAUACGGAACUGACAAUCAUAGUAACAGUAUCAGAAUGAAUUCAGGCGAUGGCUUGUGCAUGCAACGCAUCGCUCAAUUCCUUGUGGAGGAGGGGAAGGAGGGAGUGGGCCGGCCCUUCGACCCCACCCUGGUGCUCGGCGGCGGGCCCUGCAACGUCAUCGCCGACAUCCUCCUCCGCCGCCGCUUCCCCUACGACGACGACACGUGCCUGCGGCUGAUGCGCGCCUUCAACGAGAACUUCUACCUGCUCAGCACGCCCUGGCUCCAGUUUUACAACAGUUUUGCAGACUAUCUACGCUACCUGCCUGGAAGUCAUAGAAAAUUAAUGAAAAAUGUGUCUGAAAUAAAAAAGUAUGCGCUUGAAAGAGUGAAGGAACACCACCAGUCCCUGGACCCCAAGUGCCCCCGGGACUUCACCGACUGCCUGCUUGUGGAAAUGGAGAAGGAAAAGCACAGCCCAGAGCCCUUGUACACACUGGACAGCAUCGCUGUGACCGUGGCUGACCUGUUCUUUGCGGGGACAGAAACCACCAGCACCACUCUGAGAUAUGGGCUCCUGAUUCUCAUGAAAUACCCAGAGAUUGAAGAGAAACUCCAUGAAGAAAUUGACAGGGUGAUUGGGCCAAGCCGAAUCCCUGCCAUCAAGGACAGGCUAGAGAUGCCCUACAUGGAUGCUGUGGUGCAUGAGAUUCAGAGAUUCAUCGACCUCGUGCCCUCCAACCUGAGCCAUGAAGCAACCCGGGACGUCAUGUUCAGAGGAUACGUCAUCCCCAAGGGCACAGUCAUAAUCCCGACUCUGACCUCCCUUUUAUAUGACAGUCAAGAAUUCCCUGAUCCAGAGAAGUUUAAACCAGAGCACUUUCUGAAUGAGAACGGGAAGUUCAAGUACAGUGACUAUUUCAAGCCAUUCUCUGCAGGAAAAAGGGUGUGUGUCGGAGAAGGCCUGGCCCGCAUGGAACUGUUUUUAUUCUUGUCCGCCAUUUUGCAGCAUUUCAAUUUGAAGUCUCUUGUUGACCCAAAGGAUAUUGACCUUAGCCCUGCUGCGGUUGGGUUUGGCAGCAUCCCUCCACACUACAAACUCUGUGUCAUUCCCCGCUCAUAAGUGAAAGGAGGAUAUGGCCUGAAAAACCACCUGCCUGCGUGUGGGCAGCCCCUCCACAUGGAGUGAAUCAGGCCAGAGAUGAUGCUUUCCAAAGUCACAGUGUUCAGACAGAAUGUGAAAGCAAAGUCCAAAAAGAUUUUGUUAAACUGACUAAAUUAAACUAUGCAUUAGUUUGCGGCUAUGUUGGGGUUCCUGGAAACAGUGGUGAUUAGGAACCUGUCAUUAUAAGUUAAACUAACCUCUUCUAAAAAAGUAGAUUAUCCAGUUACCAGAGUCAACAUCAAUUAUAAAGGACAGACAAAAAGGAAUACGGACAUUAUUUUGUAGGUCAGAACAGGGAGAAAUAAUAUAGUUUUGGCAAGAUUUAUUAGCCUUGUCAAAAAUAUAUCCCGUACCAUCUUGCCUUAGGAUAUUGUUCCUAUGAGCAUCAUUCUGUGCAGUAUCUUCAUAUUAAAAUAUGUCUGAAAUGUCAA